AUGGUGCAGGAAGGGCAACCUCAAGGUGGUGUGACUUAUUAUUUUACACAUGGCAAAAUUGGCAAAAGGCUGUCUGAACUACACACACAUCAUUCAAAUCUUACCUGCUUCAGUGAAGGGACAAGGGUGACAGUUUGGGGAUGUUGCCCUAGUACUUGGAAGUCCUUUGGUUCCAGCUGCUACCUCAUUUCUACUGAAGAGAAUUUUUGGGCAAAGAGUGAGCAGAAAUGUGUUUGGAUGGGAGCUCAUUUGGUGGUGAUCAACACAGAAACAGAGCAGGAUUUCAUUAUCCAGCAACUGAAUAAAUCAUUGUCUUAUUUUCUGGGACUCUCAGAUCCACAAGGGAAUAAUAAUUGGCAGUGGAUUGAUCAGACACCUUACAAGGAAAAUGUCAGAUUUUGGCACCAAAAUGAGCCCAACUUUUCUGCAGAGGAAUGUGCUUCAAUCGUUUUUUGGGAUGAGAGAGGAUGGGGCUGGAAUGAUGUUUUCUGUGAUUCUAAAAGGAAUUCAAUAUGUGAGAUGAAGAAGAUUUACCUAUGA